AUGCUUGAAGCUCCACAGGUCCACUUUAUCCAGCUGAAGAGUGUCGCGGUGGAAAAUAUCGGCAUUUUGGACACCCUGGAACCACAUCAACACCUAGCUAUUGUUGAUACAAGUUGCACGGGAAGUGACAAAUUGCUAGCAGAAACACGGUAUCGGAUUUACGAUAAAAUACGGAACACCGAUGUCGAUACCAUAUCCCGAACUUCGUAUCAAAUUCUAAACAUUUUGUUGUCGCAUUACUUAAACGCAACGUUCGAAAGACGAUUUGUUACUACCUGGGGUUAUCCCAAUCGUACUACCGGUAUAUGGAGCGGGAUGUGCGGUGAUUUGAUCUACCGUCGCUCAGAAAUUGCCGGUUCGAUGAUGCUGAUUACGCAGAACCGUAUAUUUCAUGUAGACUAUCUGAAGGUACCAAUUCCUUUGAAGAUAAAAUUCGUCUUCAAGGCACCGAACCUGUCGACAACGAGCAACAUCUUUCGAAUGCCAUUCGAAUUGGACGUGUGGAUUUGUCUACUAGCAACGGUCAUCAUUAUGAGUACGGUAUUUGCUGUGGUCCGUGGAAUUCUAAUGCUCGACAAGAAAUCGAUCAAAAGUAAACGCUUAGAAAUGUUGGAUGCAGCAUUCGACGUAGUCCCACUAGCGACACAGCAGGGUUCUUUGCUUGAGCCAAACUCUUCCGCACAAAGGAUGCUAAUAUUUUUUGGUUUGGCUGGACUGAUGUUCAUUGAAGUUAGUUUUUCUGCCAAAAUAAUUUCGUUAAUACAAGCACCUUCUGAGCGAAUCGAUUCAUUGCGGAAUCUUGUGGAAUCGAAACUGGAGCUUGGAUCAGAUGGACAGCCUUACAAUCAGUUUUACUUUUCAAAAGCCACCGACCCCGUCGGAAAAGGAUUAUAUAGUAAGAUCACAAAUCAGAAUCGUGAGACUCUGAACGCGCACAACUUCGAGCAGGGCGUUCGAAAAUUGCAAACAGAAUUGUUCGCAUACCAUGGUUACACCUCAUCAAUGUAUCUACAGAUCAGUAAAACAUUCAAUGAUGUGGAAAAGUGCUACCUGCGGGAGCUGCCGUUUUUCGACAGUAGCGUCGGUUAUUUGUCCGUGCAGCGAAACUUCACUCUGCGCGAACAUUUCAACGUUGGACUGAUGAGAAUGCUGGAAGUAGGUAUUUUCCCCAGACAAUUCAACAGGAUGAUAAACGACAAGCCCGGAUGCACCAAGGGAACAAUGUUUCGGCCGCUCGAUUUGAUUGAUACUAGAUUCGCGAUGGAAAUCGCUGUCUGUGGAAUUGUGGGAGCACUCUUUUUGUUGCUUGCGGAAAUCGCUCUCAGUAAGUAUGGGCUCUGGAAAACUCCGAUGCAGGACUACAUCGAAUAG